CUCGUGAUACUCGCUGUCUAUCAUACGAGCAAGCUGCGAAACGUGACGAAUAUGUUCAUCGUUAGCCUCGCGGUGGCGGAUCUGAUGGUCGGCCUGGCGGUGCUUCCGUUUAGCGCUACGUGGGAGGUUUUCAAGCGGCGAACAAUGUCUCGCCAAUUGAAAGACGAGCCGGGACGUAAAAUAGAUUUCGAAACCUAAUGGAUUCCUCUGCGAUUCGGCUUUCAAAGGUCUGGAUAUUCGGUGAUCUAUGGUGCUCCAUCUGGCUGGCGGUCGACGUAUGGAUGUGCACCGCGUCGAUAUUGAAUUUGUGCGCCAUCAGCCUGGAUAGAUACUUAGCUGUGACCAGGCCAGUCAGUUAUCCUCAGAUCAUGUCGCCGAGGAGAGCAAGGCUGCUGGUUGCAACCGUGUGGAUCUUGAGCUUCGUCAUCUGCUUCCCACCCCUGGUCGGCUGGAAAGACAAACGGUCUCAUCCCGCGUACAACAUGACGUUUGCUCAAAACGGACCGUUCAACACCACCACUAUCCUCGUCCCCGUGAAACCGUGUCCUUGGAUCUGCGAGCUGACUAACGAUGCCGGCUACGUCGUUUAUAGCGCUCUUGGUUCUUUCUAUAUACCGAUGUUGGUCAUGCUGUUUUUCUACUGGAGGAUCUAUAACGCGGCCGUCUCCACCACAAAGGCUAUUAAUCAAGGCUUCCGCACGACAAAGAGUUCGAAAAUGUUUGGCUCUAGUGCUACGAACGAAUUGUGCCACAGAUUCGACGAAGAGAGGUUGACCUUGAGGAUCCAUCGUGGCCGAGGAAGCGUGCACAAUGGGAGCAACAACGGAAGUCCGAGGAGUCCUGAGUCGAACAGUCGGUGCUCGGUGAAAAGGGAGAAGAUAAAAAUCUCGGUGUCGUAUCCGAGCACGGAGACGUUGAAUACAAAGUGUAACACCCUCGAAAGAACGCCAUCCAAGUGUUCUCAGACCUCUGUGCAUUAUAGCAAUGGGCAGACGCACAGCCAAUUGUGUCCAACCCCCAGAAGCACUCAUUUAAAGGUGAGCGGCAUCAACAGGGUUGGAAGCACCAGAAGACCUAGCAGGAGGAACAGCUGCGAGAGUCAAAUGAUGGGUGAUGAGAUGUCGUUGCGGGAGCUCACUCAAGGCACCGAGGAGAAACCAAGGGUGAUGAAGAUGGGGAAGAGAAAUAUUAAAGCUCAGGUGAAGAGAUUUCGAAUGGAGACGAAGGCAGCGAAGACACUGGGCAUCAUCGUCGGCGGGUUCAUCCUCUGCUGGCUUCCGUUCUUCACGAUGUACUUGGUGCGCGCCUUUUGCCGCAAUUGCAUCCACCCCACUGUGUUUAGCGUACUGUUUUGGCUAGGCUACUGCAACUCCGCGAUAAAUCCGUGUAUCUACGCGCUAUUUAGCAAGGACUUCCGGUUUGCGUUCAAAAGUAUCAUCUGCAAGUGCUUCUGCAAACGGCGGACGAACACUUUGAGACGCGGCAGCGAUGGAAGUCAAUUAGCGAUGAGAAACGAUCGGAGCCCAAGCUACUCGAUGCAGGUGCCCCAACAGGGAGCGUCCAUCGACGACUCGGAUCCGGACCCAAGCUCAGAACCGACUGUGCAUUCGCAGAGCGAGUCGAGAUGACUGUAGCGUGCCAGGUGUGGCGCUCAGCGCGUCACCUUCGAUCCUAGAACCUCGAAAGUGAGGAUCCAAUCCUUCUGAGGAUUUCGUGCCGCGAAAUCGAGCACGACGAGAAUCGAGUGCGAAAGGAUGGACGUGGAAUUCGCGACGAAAAAGAAAAAAACAGUCGAGCUUCUUCGGUGUCUUAACUUUGUUCCGCCAGCUUCGUUGCUACAACGGAAGAGACGUUUUUAAAAAAAAAAAAAGAUAUAUUCGCUCAAGCUAGUCGUAGAUCGAGACUGAAUAUAAGUAAAAAGGAAGGAAGGAAGGAAGAAUGAAGGAUUCGGUGUGAGAAAUAGUAAAAAUGUAAGAAAAAAGGAAAAAAAAAUCUUGAAUUAAUUAUAGGGAAAAUGAUGAGGAUCGAAAGUGGAAAAAGAAGAAUAGGGAAGGGACAGUUUCGAGGAAGGAUUCAUUAAGGAUAAUAAUACGUGACUACGUGUCGAUAUCUACAUAUGUGUACCAUAACACAACGGAUGUUAAACGCAGAUUUGGUUUAUACGAUUCCAACGCAGCCACGCGCAUUGUUGGCUACCGAAGCUCCCUCUGGCCUCUCAGCUAAUCGCCAUCGUUGCCGCCAUAUUGUUUCCGUAGAUUUUUUACCGUUCCUCGUUGGUUAUUUGUGAUAAUAGCGAAUUUAAACGAUCGCCUUUUGCUGAACACGCGAUAAUUCGGUGUGUUGUACAGGUUGCUUCAAAAAAACUGGUCGAGAGUUGACAGAGAGAAACAACGUGGAAGGAUAAUAUAUCGAAUUUUGAAACAUCCUGUAGGACGAUUUUUAAUGUAAUUUAUACAGGUUGUUUCAAAAGUUAUCGAGAUGUUGAUUACAUUAGAUUGCGUUUGAGAAACUGUGAACAUUGUUGGAAGAUUGAUGUAAGAAUUUUGAAACAUCUUGUAAUUCGGGUUAUACAGGUUGUUUCAAAAAUCGGCAGAAUAGAGAGAAUAUUGUGUUACGAAUGGUGUGUUGUGAAACGUUCUGUUGGGCGUGCAAUCGAAGUUGUACGGAUUCAAAGGUAGAUCAGUUCUUUGAAAAGAAUUUUGAAACAUCCUGUAGGACGUGUAAUCGAGACACACGUGCACACCUACACAUACACGGAUACACAUUCACACAUAUAAAAAUAAAAGAAAAAGAAAAAAAAGAAAAGAAGAACGUAAGUGUUGUUAUAACGAUGCCAUUUUAAAAAGAGGAAAACUUGCGAUGUUUUGUACGGACCCAAUUUCGAUUCUUUCUCGAACGUUCUCUUUUGAUGAUCGUACGAGGGAGGACAGAGGGACGUACGAAAUCGGCGAGGUUCAUUGUAUUAUGUGAUAUACCGUCUACAAUACGUAACGAAACGAAUGGAAGAAUAAAUAUGCGAAUAAAUCCA